AUGCGGCCCAUUGCUACAGGCGGCCCGACCAAGCGGAGCUCAAGAACCGGGUCAGAGGAUAUCACUCGGUUUAGGGCUAGACCGUCCGGUAUCUUGAGUCCAAACACGAUCUCGACCCUUGCUCUUGGCAGCAUGCUUGCCGGAAGUUGGUACAUUUGGCAUGAGGGACGUAACUACAAGGUCAAUAAGAAGGUUCAGAAGUAUGAGGAAAAGCCGCUUGGGAAGCAUCGUGGAAACGUUAAUGCGGACUACAUGAAGUAUGACAACUGGGUGGACUCCCGACGUGCCAGCAAAGGGAAGUGA